GUUACUUGUUUUCCUUUCUUUAACCACAAUUUCUAUUAUUGAUAUCCUCCGGAUAUGAAGCAAAAUCCUCAAAAACAAACGAGUGUCCCCUAAAUAUAGACAAAGAAUGUUAAGAAAAACCGUUGGUGCUUGCAACGUUGGGUUAUUAAUAACACACAUCUCUAUCCUCCUUUAACCCUCUCAUGCCCAUCUAUAAACAGCCUUGGGCCUUUUCCAAGGUUUCUGUUUUAGCCAUGGCUAAACCUCCUUCCUUUGUAUGUUGCAUCUUCCUCUUGUUCUUCUUCCUCUUGUCCUCCUCCUUUGUCGCAUUUGCCCUGACCGAUACAGAAGCUGCCUUCAUCGUGCAGCGACAGCUCUUGACAUUACCAGCAAACGGUGAACUUCCUGAUGACAUUGAAUACGAGGUUGACCUCAAGGCUACAUUUGCAAACACAAGGCUUAAAAGAGCUUACAUAGCUCUUCAAACUUGGAAAAAGGCGUUUUUUUCGGAUCCGUUUAACACCACAGGAAACUGGCAUGGACCUCACGUCUGUGGCUACAACGGUGUGGUUUGUGCACCGGCUCUUGAUGAUCCUGAUGUCACGGUCGUAGCUGGUGUUGACCUUAAUGGCGCGGAUAUCGCAGGGCAUUUGCCUGCUGAGCUUGGUUUGAUGACAGAUGUUGCUUUGUUCCAUUUGAAUUCUAACAGGUUUUGUGGUAUCAUCCCUAAGAGCUUUGAGAAGCUGAAGCUGAUGCAUGAAUUUGAUGUCAGUAAUAACCGUUUUGUUGGACUUUUCCCUGAAGUAGUCCUCGCAUGGCCUGAUGUUAAAUUCAUCGACCUUAGGUUCAAUGAUUUUGAAGGUCAAGUCCCUUCGGAGCUGUUCAAGAAAGAGCUGGACGCUAUUUUCUUGAACAACAAUAGAUUCACCUCGACCAUUCCUGAAUCUCUAGGAGAAUCUCCAGCCACGGUUGUGAGUUUUGCUAACAAUAAAUUCACCGGAUGUAUUCCUAAAAGUAUCGGAAACAUGAAGAAUCUCAAUGAGGUUGUCUUUAUGGACAACAAGUUGGGCGGUUGUUUCCCGUCUGAAAUCGGAAAGCUGUCGAAUGUGACGCUUUUCGAUGCAAGCAAGAACACGUUCAUUGGUCGUCUCCCGACAAGUUUUGUCGGGUUAACGGGUGUGGAGGAAUUCGAUAUCUCCGAGAAUAAACUGACCGGAUUAGUAGCGGAUAACAUUUGCAAGUUGCCUAAUUUGGUGAACUUCACUUACUCCUACAAUUACUUCAAUGGACAAGGUGGUUCGUGUGUUCCAGGUGGUGGUCGGAAGGAGAUUGAAUUGGACGACGUACGUAAUUGCUUACCUCAUCGACCAGACCAACGGUCCGCCCAGGAAUGUGCGGUAGUGAUCAGCCGUCCGGUUGACUGUAGCAAGGACAAAUGCGCUGGUGGCGGCUCCUCUACUCCGUCGAGACCAUCGCUAGUUCCAACUACGCCUGUUCACAAAACAUCGCCAGUUCCAACUACGCCUGUUCACAAACCAUCGCCGGUUCACAAGCCAUCGCCAGUUCCAACUACGCCUGUUCACAAACCAUCGCCAGUUCCAACUACGCCUGUUCACAAACCAUCUCCAGUUCCAACUCGACCGGUUCAUAAACCACAACCACCAAAAGAGUCACCCCAACCGGAUGAUCCUUACGAUCAAUCUCCAGUGGGUAACCGACGCAGUCCUCCUCCACCUCAUGAAUCCCAACCUCCGGUGGUUUUCUCUCCUCCACCAACUCCGGUAAGCUCUCCACCACUUCUUUCUCCUCCUCUUCCUUCACCUCCUCCACCAGUUUACUCUCCACCACCACCGGUUCACUCUCCGCCACCACAGGUUCACUCUCCGCCACCACCGGUUAACUCACCACCACCGCCGGUUCAUUCUCCGCCACCACCAGUCCACUCUCCACCACCACCGGUUCACUCUCCUCCACCGCCGGUACACUCUCCUCCACCGCCGGUCCACUCUCCUCCACCGCCGGUUCACUCUCCUCCACCGCCGGUCCACUCUCCUCCACCGCCGGUCCACUCUCCACCACCACCGGUCCACUCCCCACCACCACCGGUCCACUCUCCGCCACCACCUCCUCCACCGGUUCACUCUCCACCACCACCACCUCCACCAGUUCACUCUCCACCACCACCGGUUCACUCUCCACCACCACCGGUUCACUCUCCACCACCACCGGUUCACUCUCCACCACCACCGGUUCACUCUCCACCACCACCUCCUCCACCGGUUCACUCUCCACCACCACCUCCUCCACCGGUUCACUCUCCGCCACCUCCUCCUCCCCCAGUCCACUCUCCACCACCACCGGUUCACUCUCCGCCACCUCCUGUCCACUCUCCUCCACCGCCAGUCCACUCUCCACCACCUCCUGUCUACUCUCCUCCACCGCCAGUCCACUCUCCACCACCUCCACCGGUACAUUCCCCGCCGCCACCUCCUCCACCGGUACAUUCCCCGCCGCCACCUCCUGUCCACUCUCCUCCACCGCCAGUCCACUCUCCACCACCUCCUGUCUACUCUCCUCCACCGCCAGUCCACUCUCCACCACCUCCACCGGUACAUUCCCCGCCGCCACCAGUCCAUUCGCCACCUCCACCUGUUCACUCGCCACCACCUCCCCCGGUUAACUCGCCACCACCACCGGUGGAAAAGAAAGAGGCGCCGCUGGCACAAGAACCAGCCCCAAGUGAUGAGUUCAUCCUACCACCCUUCGUCGGCCACCAAUACGCAUCGCCACCACCUCCAAUGUUCCCUGGCUACUAAUAUCCAUCAACGAGAGAAGAACCGACUCGACUAUAUAUAAAAAGCAAAUUGUAUCUUCUUGAACUAAAUUUGUAAAACGAAAGAAGAAGACAAUUAAUGUAUGAUAAGCGAAACCAACUUGUUACGGUACCAGAUGUCGGAUAAAUUUGUACAAUGACAACUUCUUAUGGUAGAUAAAGAUUUUAAACUUCUAAGCAACUAUAAAUGUUUUCACUCUCUUCUUUUAACUAA